AUGGGUCCCGCGGAGGACGUGGCGGCCGACGUCGAGAUUGUCAAGGCUCGUGCAGAGUCUGCUGGCCUUCAUCUGCAGCCCAGUAAGAGCCGCUUCUACAUGCCUCGCCACCAUUCGGCUUCCAUCACUGCUAUCAAGUCUGUAUUGCCAGAUGCCGUGCGCGAGACGGCCAACACGGGCAUGACGGUCUUGGGAACGCCGAUUGGCCGUCGCGAGUGGAUGAAGAAGCAGCUGAACGACAAGGCAAAGCACAUUGCUGGCAAGCUCAAUGACAUGCUGACGACCGGUGUCUCGCUUCAGGCCCUCCUCACGGCCAUGCAGUACGUGCCUAGCCUCAUCAACCACCUCUACACGCUGCCCCCAAGUCUCACGUCGGGCUUGUCCGAGCUCUUGAACCGUGCUUGCAAGGACACCUUUGUCAAAGCCUUUUUUGCCAAGGUAAACCUGUCUGCACCGGCUGGAGCUGAAGGUCAUGACGUUACGCUGGAACAGCUCCUUGAGGCUCGCCUCUUCACACGGGCCAACACCGGGGGCUUUGGCCUGCACGACUUGGUUGAGCGCGGUCCGGUGGCUUAUGUCUGCAACAUGGCCAAGCUGGCCACUCGCUACCCUCGGGUCUACGAUCGACUCUUGAAGGAUGCAUCGAGGGCUGCCGACUUUGAGGUCCAUGUGCAGCGAGCUGGCUUCCAGAUGGCCACGGUCAAGGACGCGGCGACUCAGCGACCAGCUGAGAUCAUUGCCUUUCGCUCCAAGGCGGCACUGGACGACCUGAUGGCCAAGUGCGCGCUGGACCUGCAGCAGGCAUAUCUGGCCUCACGCGAGUGGGGCGUCAGCACUGUCUUGACCAUGCGGGGUCGAGACAAGUUGCGUCGAUUGAGCGACACGACCUUUGCCAUUGCGGUCGUGUCCAUGAUGGAUCCAUCGGAUACACAGCAAACCCAUUCCGAUCCCUCUCCGCCCUCUGCUUCACCCCCUGCCACUACCAUUUUGCCCGCUGCCAUUUCACAUCCUGUCGAACACAGUGAGCAUGCAAACUCAGCCCCACUUGGCGAAGUCAGUGAGAGUGAAACACACAAUACAGCGGGCGAACACAGUGAGAGUGAGCAAGAUGUUCUUCUCAGCGAUCCCGCUCCGCCCAUCGCUGCCAACGUGCUGGAUGCCCAGCGCAAGGUCCUGCUGAAGACAUCUGGCCACAGGCAACUCCUCGCCUGCCCAUUUGGGCUUUGCAAAUGCAAGGGGCCCCGCCUUGACCGCAAAGCUUGGAUCAAUCAUGUACUACGCGAGCACCCCUACGACGAGCAAGCCACUGAUCUGGUCAAGCAGGUGAUGGAGGCCAAAUUGGUCACCCAGUGCAACAAGUGUCACCUCUUCUUCGAAGCUGCUGGUAUCAGUCAACACCGCUCCCGAUGUGGUGCCAAUCUGAAGCGAGCGACCGAGGCGUUGUUUCAUGCGGCUGGACACGACCUGCUUGAGAUUAUGCGUGGCGCUUGGCCCCAACAGUGUGUAGGGUCUCGCGUCAGUGUCUGUGAGCUGCUCAAGCUCGCCCGGCAUCCACUGAUGCAGCGCAGCCGCUACCCAUCCAACGCCACCGAGACCAAGCUGAUGGCUGCCACCUUGAGCCAGCUGUAUUGGUCUGCCGUCCAUUCGGACUAUACCGCUGAAGAGCGAGAGAUGUGCUGGGCUUUGAUUUUGGCCUUGCCUAGCAUGUUGUUGUCUGCUCCCUCGACCGCACUGUCUACGAUUGACCUGCGCAAUAUGUUUCACGAUCGUCUCCGUUGGCUUGUGACGGGGCAACUAGGUCGGGUCGCGGACGCCAUGCGCAAGGCAGUCGCACGCAAGCAGAGCCGUCGAGGACAGCUGAACGCCGGCGCGGGCGCCCACCCGAACGACGCAGUCGACCAGAGCCUCAGGUCACUCGUCCGCGACCCGGACCUGGCGGACGAAGCCUGGGCAAACCACGUCACGAACCGUCUGAACCGAGGUCAGAUUGCCAAAGCAUUUGAUGCCGACAAGGCUCGUGCCGUGAUUGUGAUUUUGAUGUCGGGGUUGCACAGCUUUGCUUUCAGCUCUGAGGUUCAAACACCUAAUUUAUUAUUCAACGUCAAGCCGACGGACAAGUGCCCGCUCUGCAGCAGCAAGACAUCUCAGCCGCGACUGACCCGCGAGCAUCUGCUGACCUGCCGUCCCAUCAAGCGUCACAACGCCCUUCGCGACGAGAUGGGCCGCCUGCUCAGGUACGCCACCCUCUCCCAUGUCUGGGUGGAAAAGUCUGGCUACAACGCCAACGGUCAGAGCUGCCGCAUCGACCUGCACUGCCGCAACCCUUUUCCCGGCGGUGCUCUGGGCCCAGCUCUGCCCGACCUGGGCAUUGACGUGACUGUGCGCACAGCCCAACCCUCGACCACCUCGCAAGCCUGCAUCAAGGUGGGCGCUGCCCUUCGCCGAGCCGAAAAGGAGAAGCGCGACUACUACACCGGUUUCAACCAUGGAAAAACUCUGAUCGUCCCUGCGGCGAUGACGACAACCGGUGGGUUCGCCUCCUCCUUUGUGGAUCUGCUUGGUCAGCUCGCCCGCUGCGCCGAGGCCCGUGGUGUGUACCAGCCGGGGCUGGAUGAGGCCUUUGUUCCUCGAUGGAAGGGUCGCUUUGCGGCGCUGGUCCAUCAGAUGAACGCUGACCACAUCCAGCGCCACUUUGGCGGUGUCUGCCUGCGCUCGUCGUAG